GGGGCUCACCUGUGCAAAUGGGCCUGGCCCCCGGUCGGGGGCGCGCCCCAGCCACGCGACGGAGGGGGCUGCCCGCCAGCGGGGCUAUAGAGGGGAGCACACCUGGCCUGCGCCCCGCCGCAACGCGCGCGUUUACACGGGCCGAGGCGCGUUUCCGCGGCACCUGCUCUGCACAAAGCCGGCCGGCUCCCCACACGGCCAGGGCGGGCUUCUAGGGCAGGAGCGGGCGGAUUGGCCGCCUCCCCCAAGGUUACGAGCCUUGAAGUGAAGGGCGCGUGGAGCCAGAGGUUGCCCCCCCGUUCCUCGAGUGCGCAGCUCCGCCCCACGCCGCUCGGCAGGGGGCUGCGGUGCGCCGGGCAGGGCAGGGGCGGCACAGGCACAGAGCCGCGCUCGCGUGCCGCUCGCCAGAGGCUGAGCCCUGAGCGCGCCCCGGGGGGAGCUGCCAGCCCGGGCUCCGGCGGCGGCUGGAGAUGGAGCAAGCGCCGGGCUCCCGGACGGUCACCACAACGCGCAGCUCCUUCACCGCCGGCUUCCCGCCGGCCGGCGCCAGCAGCACCCUCGCCUACGACAGGGAGUUCCUGAGAACCGCGCCCGGCGGCCUCAUGCUGGCCGAGAUCGUGCUAGGGUUGCUGGUAUGGACACUGAUCGCUGGAACAGAGUAUUUCCGGUAUCCUGCCUUUGGCUGGGUGAUGUUUGUAGCUGUAUUUUACUGGGUUCUUACGGUGUUCUUUUUAAUCAUCUACUUGACUAUGACCUAUACUAGGAUUCCCCAGGUGCCAUGGACCACAGUGGGUCUCUGCUUUAAUGGAAGUGCCUUUGUUUUGUACCUCAUUGCUGCCAUUGUAGAUGCAUCAUCAGUUACCAAUGAGGAGAACAGUCACAAUUACAACAGCUGGGCAGCGUCUUCAUUUUUCGCCUUUAUGGUUACCUUCUGCUAUGCAGGAAAUGCCUAUUUUAGUUUUAUAUCGUGGAGAUCACGGACCUCACAGUAAAUAUUUUCUU